UCUCUCUGGAUGUCAUGUGUCGUCAUGCGACGUUUUAUCAGCGAGCGCAAUUUUUAUGGAAUGUCAUGUACAAUAUACCCGAAAUAAUCGACGAGAUUUCUACAAUGCGUAUAUACACAUGUCUGUAAUUCGAUCAUACCGAUUUUCUUAACGUAUCCCAAAAAUAUGCGUGUCGUCGCACUGUGAGGUAUUUUUGCGACUUCGCGGGACCAAGAUGCCAGAACGGAUCGAAAUUGGUAUUAUACCGAACAACCUGAGACACGAAGAGACGAUAGUUCAAAUAUCGGAAGCUCUGGAUAAUCUGGGCGAUGCUGUCUCAUAUAUAUUUGAUUGUAUCGACAGGAGGCUGUCGGAGAAUACGCAGAGAUUGAGCAACAUCAAGGAGAGAGCUAGGAAACUGGAGGGCAGAUUGCAUUAUCUGCAAACCAACUUGAACCUGAAAGCGGUGAAGAUGUACUCAGCUGCCAAGUAUCCAGCUAACUGUACUUACAAGGAGUACCGAGUGACGAUACCGCCGCAGUACAAGCGCGCUGUUAUUGUACCAAGCAUUUACAAGUGUUCCGUGCCUAUAAAAGAUAUCCCCGAGUCGUAUUUAUCUUCCAACUGUAAGACGGAAGGCGGCCAGUACACCGCAAAUAUCAAUCUUCAAGAGAAACUGCAAUUCUACCACGUACGAUCGAAGGCCAGCAAAAAAAGCAGCGGUCUCGAGGAUGACGGGGAACCGUUCCCGCCGCAAUUAUCCUCAGUUAGUGCCCUCCUGUUGUUCGACAGCACGGACAGCCCGUAUGAAAAAACCUCGGUGAGAUCAUCGCGCCAAUCUAACGACAAGCAGCAAAUUGAGGACGCGCCGGACUCGAUUGUACAACCGUGGCUUUCAUCGGAAAUGGACUCGUCUUCCAACUAUCUGUACACACCGACUCUCGGAGAGGUCCCUCAGAUCAACGUGCCGCUGACACUCCCAGACCUGCCCGGCAUCGUGGACGAUGAGAAAUUUGUGCUCGAUCUGAACUCGCAGAGCCCGAUCGCGCCGUCGUCCGCGGUGACGACGCCGACGGUGCGUCUGGAUCUGCCGACGCCGAUCAGCGACGAGAGGGACUCCCGCGGGAAGGUCGAGGACAACGCGCCGUGUUUGCCUGUUCUGACUGAAAACGUGCCUGCGGCCGUGACGUCGUCGCGGGAAACCGCGCCGCCACCGCCUCCUCCCCCCGCGCUGAAUACCGCCGAGAGCAACGGGAAGAAUGUUCGGCAAGUGAUGGCACCACCGCCGCCGCCGCCUCCGCCGCCUCCACCGCCGCCGCCGCCGCCGCCGCCGCCGCCGGCGGCGGAACCGUCGGGCGACAACCCGGAGAAGAAGGAGAAAGCCCGGCCGGCGGCGAGGAACGUCACGGACGACCGUUCGAAUUUGAUGGCGGCGAUACGAAACGCCGGCGGAAUAGGCCGAGCGAAGCUGAGGCCUACCGCGCCGGACGAGAAGAAGCGCGACCGAUGGUCCUCGGCAUCCGUCGGCGGGGAUCUGAUGGCGGACCUGCAUGCGAAACUGGCGCUGAGGCGCAAAGGUAUCGCCGGCUCUACGGUAGACGCCCUGGAGAGAAUGUCGAGUCUGAUACCGCCCCCGCCGAAGCCAAACGAGGCGUCCGCGUCGGACCGGAACUCCGCCACCAGCGAGUACGACUCUCAACCCGACACGGACGACUGGGAAGAGUGAUCGUUGCUGGCGCGGCGACCGGUCCAGCGGCGUACUGGCGAAAAGUGGUCGUAACGUCGGGGAGGAACCGCGGCGGCUUAAAGCCAGUCCGGUGGUUGCGCUCGCACGAAGACUCAGGGGAACUCCUACUCAAUUCAGGUUCCAUAAAAUGGGAGAUAAUAUCGUGAAAAUAUGCAGAUCUAUAUAUGUAUAUAUGUAUAUGUUUAUAUAUAUAUAUAUAUAUAUAUAUAUAUGAAUAACCUACUUUUUAUUAAAAAAUAUAUAUAAUUAUAAAUUUCAUGCAUGUGGCUGCUGAUCGCACGACUCUAUCUUAUUCUUAUAUAUAUAUUGUACAUAUACAAAAGUCACAAAACGUAUAAUUCUUGAUUUUCAUAUUUAUUUCAUCGUACAUUGAUUUUCCGAUAUUGUUGUAAUUACUUCAUACACCGUGUACAGACAGAAUAACACUAUGUAUAAUUAUAUGUAUAAUUAUACUCUUAUAUAUAUAUAUACAUUAUAUAAUUUAAACGUGAUAGAUUUGUUAGAAAAUCAAGUAAAAAAAUAAAAAAUAUAUAUUUUGUGCAUCAUAUUUUCUGAUUUCGCGACAAUUCAAUCGAUCGAGAUAUAAUUUAAAUAAUCGGCACGCAGUCGGUCACACAAGGAGAUAGCUUCUUUAGAAAAUAAAUUUCCAAAACCGACUAUACACUGAUUAUUUAAACAAUUUCAUCUGUACAUGUUCCUAUAAAAAAUGUUUAUGGUUUAAUUACCGACAUCUGUUUAUUUUAUAUUUAUAUCCUACGAUCUUCCUCCUGCAGUCUUGCGCAUAUAAUGUAUAACUACUUCCUCCAUUAUGGUUCUAAUAGUACACAUUUCUUAAUAUACAAUAUAAUUUAUAAAAUAUGAAUAUAGAA